AUGACGUCUUAUACAUCCGUUUCAACCGCUACACUAAACUCUGCUAAUUCGAACCAAAAUCCGAACAAUACCAUGAAUCCUGUUAAUACUAUGAACCAGGCUAACACUAUGAACUUGGUAAAUAGUAUGAAUAUGAAGUCGGAGCCAGGCGAAUUGGUGUUAUUUCUGUGUAAAAACAGUUUUAAACACCUCCAUACCAUCUUGCUUGAGAAUAGAUUUAAUGAAAAAAUUUUAAAUCAGAUUCUGAACGACGAUUUUAUUAUUAAUAACGCAUUUUCACGGUUUUUACAGUUUUUUUCCACAAAUUCUGCUCAAUUGACUAAUUCCAACUUGGAUGACUCAAACCCGGAAAUUGCAAUUCUAAUCAAGAAUAAAUUACUCAACGAAUUAUUGAUUAGUGAUAAGCUUGGAGGCGCCGUUGGUCAAGUUGAGAAGCUGGAAAAUAUACUAAAGGUGUACAAAUUAACCCUGUUUAACAGGAGUAAUUACGUUGAAUUUGACCGUAACUUACCCUUGAGCUAUGAAAAGGAUAAGAGUUUACUCAUCUUUGAUGAUCCGAAACUGAUAAGUGAGCUUAAACUUGUGGUCAGGAAUGAGAUUUUAUCAUUUUUUGACUGUCUCAACUUUUUGUUCAAUUAUACCUUGGAACACAAUUGCAAGGUUAUAAAUAACAUUAUUACCAAUUUUGAGGAUUUCAGGAGUAAACUUUUUAGUAUGUACAAUUCGUUACAGGGUUCACAAGUUCGUUUACCAGUCUUAUUGAAUCUCAUUAACUUACAUUAUGUCGCAAAUGUUUACACCAGAGAACACUUUGAAUCAUACAGAGAUACAUUUAAAAGUGAUCAAAGUUCAAAUUCUCAAAAUUCCACUGCCAGAGAUACAUUAUUACUGUUCCAGGAUACUCUUUUGACAUUUUAUUGUUUAUUUGGCUCAUUUUCUAGAUCAGACUAUAAUAUCUCACUUCCGCUGUUUGAUAAAACUGAAAGUGAUGAACACAAUAAUCGCCAAAAUUAUGAUUAUUAUAGUACCCGUCGCUCUAAUAAUAUCAAUCGUAGUACUGUUUCAGAAGCUUUUGGUGCAGUAGCUAAAUACUUUAAAUCUGUGAAUACCAACAUUGUUAAUGUUAUUUUGCUGAAGGUUUUCCCCAAACUAAACAUCAGCAGUUACACUAAAAAGGAACUUUCAGAUGCCAUUAAAAGUACCAUAGACCAAAAAUUGUUCUAUGGGUUACUUAGAACUAGAGAAUCUGGAGCUUACAUACCUCUUUAUCUACUGAGAAAUGACCUUUUUAAAACCACACUCUCACAAGAUUCCAGUUUAAAUCUGUACAUUAUUAACUAUUUUAUGCUACAAACUUAUCCAAUUUCACUGCUAAAUGAGUUGAUUAAUACAGAACUUAACUCAAUACAAAUGGGACUAAAGUUUAACGCCUCUCAACAUUUGAGCACUUUAGGAGAUAAAAGAGUUAAUACGGAUUUAUACAACAGCGUACUACUGCUGUUGAAAAAUGAUAGAGAAUUGUCUUAUAUCAUAUCAACGUUGGUAUUAUCUACUACUGAAAAAAUAUAUAUUUCAACUUUAACAAAUAUCAUCGACUUUCUUGUUAAUAUGUUAAUUUUGAACAAGAAUUUUUUGAGAAGGCUUGGGAAUUUUCCACCUGAGUUCAAGUUUACCAUUUCCACCUUUGAACUCAAUUCACCUGAACUGCUAUUACUCCACAUAAUCCACAAGUAUUAUGAAAAUUCCACUAAUGUUGAUUUUAUAAAUCCCAUUUUAAGAUUUUUUUACGUUCGAUUCCUGACGCUUGAGUCAUUAAUUUCAAGAAUCUGUAACACUUCAGUGGGCCAAGAUGGGCAGAAAUUAACACAUCACGAAGUUACCUUCGCAUUCAAGAAAAUGUUACAUGAAAUACUUGUGAACAUGAAGUUGGACUCUAGUAACGUCGAGAUGUAUUUGGCACUGUUAAACCAUUUUUACACCAGGUUUUGCACUGGUAAAUCCAAAAACAAUUCAAGUUGUAAAUUUGAUAAAAUUGACCCUGAAGUACUUACGAGGAUGUACAGAUUCAUCUUAAACAAGGCAAAUCUCUCAAACCUACUCACAUUCCUCACAAUAAUUAAUAAUAAUUGUAAUGAAUUGGCGAGCGAUUUCAUAAUGCUCCUGAUCAAUAACAGGAAUUAUGACACCCUAGUUCAGUCACUAAGGUGUAACACCUUGUAUAAUUAUAAUACUAACCAGCUGAUAGUAUACAACUCCUCUUCUAAGAGUAGGAAACUUCUAAAUUCAUGGGAUUCUUCAGAUAAGUUUGAUGAAGUUGUGAAAAACUGUCCUGUGGAAAUUUCAUUAAACCUGUUUAAAUUAGUUUUAGAGGUCAUUUCAAGGGAUGAAAAGUUAUUAUCAUUUUACGUGAAAAACUGUUUCAACUCUCUGUUGGUGUCGGGAAUGCAGUCUCGUGAUCUUCUCAACGUGUUCAAAUCACUCAAAGUGCUGUCCAUAAACUAUUCUCAGUCUUUCAACUCGUUACAACUGUUAUACAAACUGUCGUAUGAUUAUAAUUAUAACAAGAGAUUACUACUAUCGAUGAGCCAGUUUGGAGACUUGAGUAACACGCAGAAUUCUUUGUUUGUGAAUAAACAUUUAUUUGAUGUGGAACUGUGUAAAACAGAGUUAAAAGGACUUAACAAGGAUUUAAUGAUGUACCUGUUAAAUCUAAUCGUGGUUAGUGACGGAGACUGUGACAUUUCAGUGUACAAACUACUUAAAUAUUUGGUAUACAACUGUUACUUUGGGUAUAAAUACACCAUCAUCAAUAAUAAAAUAAUAAUUUCAUUUGACAAGGUUGACAAUAACUUAUCAGAACUUUCGUCGGAAAACAUAAGUUUCACCAACAUUGAAGAACUUUGCAAUAAUAUUCUCGUCAAGUUCAUUAAUGACCAAAAUGGCAUUACAGUUCCUAAACUUGAAACUCUCUACAGCAUAUUGUCAAUCCUGUCGUCACACCAAGUUGGAACGCAACAUGUCAAUUUGAUAUUGAAUAAGUUGAUAAAUUAUUGUAUUACAAGCUUUGAAGUGACAGUGAAUUCAGAUAUUAACUCGUUACUGUCUGAGGAAUUGAGGAAACUUAUGAUCCAAAUUGCCCAAUUAUUAGUACAAAAGAUGUAUAUAUUUGUGAUUAAUUAUUUUGACAAGGUUAAUUCAACUGUAUCAAUUACACAACUGGGCAACUUCAUUGUUACCACCAAAUCUUCCGACACCUUUCCACACAAUCUAACCAAUUUACCUAAUAUACACAUGGGCAAUUUACACACCACAAAUAUGAUUACCUUACGCAAUAAUUUACAGAAUUUGUCAAGUUCACAAUGGAGUGAUGUGGAGAAAAUAUUGAGAAGAAUGUUGUUGUUAUAUUUCGUGUUAACUACCAAGGGUACAGAAACUUCAGAGGAUACUUUUACCUUAUUUUGCCUGUACAAACUGGUUAAAAUGUUAAAGUGUUCUCUAGUGUUAAAUAUUAACGAAUGGAGACUGCUACUCUUGAGACUCUCAAUUAAUAAAUAUAAAGAUAAAAUAUACCUCAAAUACCUUUUCAAGUUGUAUAACAUACUCAAGGUGUCUGACACUACAGAAACUACCGGAUCAGAUGGCAGAGUAUUUGAAAGCUGUUCAGUUUUGCAAGUGAAUAAGUUGGAGAAGGACGCGAUUGAUAAUUAUUACUCACAAGAGUUAAAUACGGACAUGAUCAUCUUCCUCUACAAUCUCUCAACCAAAGUUAACGAUGAGUACUUAAACAACGUUGUUAACCAAAUUGUUAACUACGUUAACAAAUUAUCAAAUCUAAGAACUAACAAGGCGACUACGGGUAAUUCCGGAUCCAAUAACACGGGGCCUGUGAAUGACUCAGGAACUUCAGAACCCUCUGGGCCAGAUAACACUGAUAAACUACUGAAGAACACACUAAUAAUAGUGAGAGAGGUGCGAAACUUGAUAAAAUAUGAGAAUUUGAAGCUGUUUUAUAUAUUUUAUAACGAAUUUGAGCGGUUUGGCGAGUCCUGUUUCAAGGAGAUCAACCGUAUGGUAAAUGAGGUAAUUUACUAUUUAACCACAAAUAACCAGGUGAAGAACAGCAAAUAUUACAUUCACUUUUUUAAAUACCUCGUCAGGUUCAAGAAUCAUAACCAAAUCUUAAAAGUGAUCAACGGCAUUGACCAACUAAAUUAUUACUUCUAUCUCAUCUUCUUAUACUCACUGGCCAAUAGUAAUUCGUUUGAUUAUCUCAAGUUGGUGAGUAAUACGGAACGACCAAAGACCAGUGACUUGGACAUACUACUGAAGAAUGUACUCUGUGACAGAGUCAGGCACAUAGUCAACUACACUCGAGAAAGUGUAGUACUCUACAACGAACUGCUGUUAAUUAUGAACUUUGUAAUGUUAUGUAACGAUGUGGAAAGUGUCGGCCUGGUGGUGGAGGAUUUGUACAACUUCAUCCUCGGGAAAUCGUCUGAUAAACUUAUUUUCCUUAAAAUUGUUAACAACUUCAUCAACUUGCUCUUCAGAUUCUGGAAAGACAUUAAGAUCCUUAAAGUGGCUGUAGUCACUCUUAUCAACGUUAGUACCAUCUGCGCCGGAGCAUCCGGUGAAGUUGUUAAAACCAUACUAAACACAGGGAAUAACUUUACCACCAACAAUUUGUACAAUAACAUUUACAAUGGCAUUAGUAAUGUGAAUAAUGUGAAUAAUAAUGCGAUUAGUAAUGGGAUUAGUAAUGUGAGUGGAAUUAGUUUGAGUGAUGAGAAUAGGAGAUUGGAUAAUAUCCGAGAGGACCGUGAUUUGGGUACACAUUUUAGUGAAAUUGUGAGACCAGAAAGCUUAGGCUUGAAUUUGUAUAAUGUGUUCUUUAACUGGACUGAGAAGAUUAAAUUAUCUAAUCUAGACAUGUUUCUACCUCAUUUUGACGCAAUGUACUCUGAAAACUCAGAGAACCAGGAACAAGAUAAGAUCAAACUAUUGAAAAUCAUCAGUGAAAAAUUAAAAGUACUCUACACAUCAAUUAAUAAUUGAUUCCUUAACCCUGAUAAUAUUAUUUCUCUCUA